AUGAAGGAUAGUCGCCUGAUCAAAAAAUGGAUGGGACGUGACUUCUUACCGAAAGAAUAUGCGAAAAGUAAGGAAAACGAGAAGAAGAUUGUUUCGCGGAGCCACAAUCUGAAACGGAAUGAGGCUCCAUUUGGCUUCAAACUUGUCCCUCCACGCAGUUUGGCCCUUGAACAUGGGGGUAUCAGUUCUGUAGGAAAGAAUAACUACAAGCAAUUAUCCGGCACAUCGGAUUUGGACGCAAAAAGCAAGUACGUGCAUUUGUGCCGAGGAUUGAAAACCUAUGGUGUGACGUUCUUCUUGGUGAAAGGGGUUAUGGCUGAUGUUCGCGUCUGA